UGGACCAGAAGUGGUACUUGUGACGAGUGUAGGACAACUCAGGAACAAACGUUGGUCAUAGACAGUCGCCUGGAAUGGUUAGACACGGUUACAACAUUUGAUAUGUACUGUGGUAGCACCGUGUCUUUACCAACGCUUAUCGUCCAUCCGCCCCGCAGCUAAAAAGUGCUAGGCAGGACUGCAGAUUUGGACGACUAAAACAUUUAACCAUCCAGUUUCCUCGCAGUUUUUCACCUCACAUCUAGAGCAUCCAACAUGGCAGCUCAAGCUCCCAGUGGUGAGCUCAGCAAUCUGAGUGUGACAGAGAGUGAGGGCAGUAAGCCGAAGCCUAACUCGUCUGUUGCGACCAAUGGCAAUUUAAAUCGCGACAGCGACGACUCGGACGAGGAUGCAGAAGGACCUGCUGCUGCCGCUGCUGCAACAGGGGCGGCCAAGAAAAAGAAGAAGAGAAAGCCCAAGAAGAAGAAGAGCCCCGUGCAGCAAUCAGACCCGCCCCGUGUUCCACUUUCGCAGCUCUUCCCCAAUAAGCAGUACCCCAAGGGCGAGGAGGUUGAGUAUGUGAACGAGAACAGGUACCGUACCACCGACGAAGAGAAGCGCCACCUCGACAACCUCAACAGCGACUUCCUCACCGACUACCGCCACGGUGCAGAGGCGCAUCGCCAGGUUCGCCAGUGGGCGCAGAAGAAUAUUAAGCCUGGCCAGACUCUGACCGAGAUUGCCAACGGGAUCGAGGAUGCCGUUCGCGCUCUCGUCGGCCACCAAGGCCUUGAGGAGGGAGAUGCCUUGAUCGCAGGCAUGGGAUUCCCAACCGGUCUAAGCAUCAACCACUGCGCUGCCCACUACACGCCCAACGCAGGUGACAAGAUGGUCCUGCAGCAGGACGACGUGAUGAAGGUCGACUUUGGCGUCCACGUGAACGGUAGAAUUGUCGACAGCGCCUUUACCCUAGCCUUCAACCCCCGGUACGAUAACCUACUUGAGGCCGUGAAGGCGGCCACGAAUGAGGGCGUCAAGCAGGCCGGGAUCGACGCCAGGCUUGGAGAAAUUGGUGGCGCCAUCCAGGAGGUUAUGGAGAGCUACGAGGUCGAGAUCGACGGCACAACCUACCCGAUUAAGCCGAUCAAAAACUUGAACGGACACACCAUCCUGCCGUACAGCAUCCACGGAACCAAGAGCGUUCCCAUUGUAAAGACCAACGAUCAGACCAAGAUGGAGGAGGGAGACGUGUUUGCCAUUGAGACGUUCGGCACCACAGGCAAGGGCGUCGUCCACGAGGAAGGCCAAGUGUCCCACUACGCCAAGCGCCGCGACGCGCCUAACGUCGACCUGCGUAUAAGCUCGGCCAAGUCUUUGUUGAAGGUGAUUGACAAGAAUUUUGGCACUCUGCCGUUCUGCAGACGGUACCUGGACCGCCUGGGACAGGAGAAAUACCUGCUUGGGCUGAACAAUCUCGUCCAAAGCGGCAUCGUCGAGGACUAUCCGCCGCUGGUGGAUAGAAAGGGCUCAUACACGGCCCAGUUCGAGCACACGAUCCUGAUCCGGCCUACCGUAAAGGAGGUCAUCAGCCGUGGAGACGACUAUUAGUUCUUCUGCUGCCAGCUUGAAGUUGUCAACACGUGCAUGUCUUUAGUAUGCACGUGUAAUUCAUCAAUUUCAGGAACGCACCGCAGCGAGCAGUUGCAUGCUCACGUGCGUGCCGAAUCCGGAGCCCCGGAUGAUGGAGCCGAGGUACCGGUGUACCGGCGUGGGGCCGGAGCCAGGACAUAAGGUUACUACAUCGGAACAGAAAUGGAGUGCCAGACAAAGGAGAUGUAUACUGUAGUGUCAUGUGGCGAUGUAGAAUCUCUUCUCUGGAAAACGAUGGUGAUCCGUCCCAAUUUUAACAUUCCAUAGUUGUCAAAUGGGGUUUGGAAGGAAUAGGCCGAUGAUGCACGACCAAAGUCUGCGACAAAGAUGAAGUCAAUGAAAACUAGCGUUACGACAUGACAUUGCGGGUUGGUUCUCCAGUUUUCGGCCAGUCUGGACGACCCGAAGAAUUUUCAUCAUUGCCCCACGCGGGG